GUGAGCACUAAUAGUUCACUGUGCAGAGCCACACAUGCACUGAGGAGAAGAAUCAACAGAGAUAACGGAGAUGACUAUGACCGUCGCUACAAGAGCAAUCGCAACGGCUCGAUCAGCGGUGCGAGCGAGCAGGCUCCGCAAUGUGUUUACUGCGCAGAAAUCUCAGUCUCACGCUCUUCUCAUUCGUCAGAUGAGCUCGGAGGCGCAGAGCAUGCGCUCCGAGGAGCAGAGCAUCGCCGCUCGUCUUCGUAGUUCUGGAUUGUUCCGAAGCCAAGGCCUCAUUGGCGGCCAGUGGAUUGAUGCUUACGAUGGGAGGACCAUUAAGGUUCAUAAUCCAGCAAAUGGUGAAGUUAUAGCCAAUGUCCCUCUCAUGAGCAAAAGGGAGACAGAUGAUGCUAUUACUUCAGCUUAUGAUGCUUUCAAGUCUUGGAGCAAGCUCACUGCAGCUGAUCGGAGUAAUCGCUUACGUAAAUGGUACCAGCUUCUAACUACCCACAAAGAACAGAUUGGACAGUUGAUAACCUUAGAGCAAGGCAAACCAUUAAAGGAAUCAGUGGGUGAGAUAAACUACGGAGCCAGCUUCCUUGAGUUCUUUUCCGAGGAAGCCAAACGAGUGUACGGUGACAUAAUCUCACCAACUAUAGCUGAUCGUCGACUUUUUGUGUUGAAACAGCCUGUUGGAGUUGUUGGUGUUAUUACUCCUUGGAACUUCCCGUUGGCUAUGAUUACACGGAAGGUUGCACCUGCUCUUGCAUGUGGUUGUACGGUGGUCAUAAAACCCUCUGAACUUACUCCCUUGACGGCUUUAGCAGCAGCUGAGCUCUCACUGCAAGCUGGAAUUCCUCCGGGUGUAGUGAAUGUGGUUAUGGGAGAUGCUCCUGCUAUUGGGGAUGCUAUACUUGCAAGUACACAGGUUAGAAAAAUCACGUUUACUGGCUCAACAGCAGUUGGAAAAAAAUUGAUGGCUGGAGCUGCUGGGACUGUUAAAAGGGUGUCCUUGGAACUUGGGGGCAAUGCACCUCACAUAGUCUUUGAUGAUGCAGAUGUGGAUGUUGCAGUAAAAGGAGUUAUUGCAUCGAAGUUUCGGAACAGUGGACAGACUUGUGUUUCUGCCAAUAGGAUUCUUGUUCAACAAGGCAUAUAUGAGAAAUUUUGUAAUGCUUUCUCAAAAGCUGCGCAAGAUCUGCAAGUUGGUGAUGGGUUUGGUGAAGGUGUAGCUCAGUUUUUUCAGGGUCCUUUGAUUAAUGAAGCUGCCGUGCAGAAGGUUGAGAAAUUUCUUCGAGAUGCCAUCACGAAGGGAGCAAAAGUUGUUCUAGGCGGUAAAAGACACAGCCUUGGGAUGACAUUUUUUGAACCUACCGUCAUUGCUGACGUGAAUAGUGAUAUGCUUUUAUUCAGGGAGGAAGUAUUCGGUCCGGUGGCACCCUUACUGCCAUUCAGAACAGAGGAGGAAGCAAUUGGUCUGGCUAAUGACGCCAAUGCAGGAUUAGCUGCAUGCGUAUACACAAAUAAUAUUCAACGUUCAUGGAGAAUGGCUGAAGCUCUUGAAUAUGGAAUGGUUGGUGUUAAUGAAAGCCUAAUUGCUACAGAGGUGGCUCCAUUUGGUGGCAUUAAACAGUCGGGCCUUGGUCGGGAAGGAUCCAAAUAUGGGAUGGACGAUUAUCUUGAGCUGAAAUACGUUUGUUUGGGGAAUAUGGACGGCAACUGAUGAGCUGAGUGCUGCAAGUAGCCUUAAGCUACAAACAAUGGGCUUGGCCUAUAAAGCCUAUUCAGCAGUAAGUUCAAAGAGUUGUUCAAGUUCAUAGUGGUUUGAUGCUAUUCAUUGUGACCUUAUCUGUUUUCAUGCUUUCCUAAUCAAAUGUAGAAGAAAAAACAAAGCAUCAGUCAAGUUUUAAGACAGUUUAAGAAGCUUCUCAAAAUAGGUUUACGAUAUGCUCGAAGACGAUAGAUUCUCGAGCUUCUUGC